GCGCCGCCGCGGCAGGCCCGGCAUGGAGGAGGAGUGCCGGGUGCUCUCCAUUCAGAGCCACGUCGUCCGCGGCUACGUGGGCAACCGGGCAGCCACGUUCCCGCUGCAGGUUUUGGGGUUUGAGGUCGAUGCGGUGAACUCUGUCCAGUUUUCAAACCACACAGGCUACUCACACUGGAAGGGCCAAGUGCUGAACUCAGACGAGCUCCAGGAGCUGUACGAUGGGCUGAAGCUGAACAGCGUGAAUCAGUAUGACUACGUGCUCACGGGCUACACACGAGACAAGUCCUUCCUGGCCAUGGUGGUGGACAUCGUGCAGGAGCUGAAGCAGCAGAACCCUAGGCUCGUGUAUGUGUGUGACCCCGUGAUGGGAGACCAGCGCAACGGAGAAGGCGCCAUGUACGUCCCCGAUGACCUCCUCCCCGUUUACAGAGAGAAGGUGGUACCCGUCGCAGACAUCAUCACCCCCAACCAGUUCGAGGCUGAGUUGCUGACUGGGAGAAAGAUCCACAGCCAGGAAGAAGCCUUGGAGGUGAUGGACAUGCUGCACUCCAUGGGCCCGGACACAGUGGUCAUCACCAGUUCGGACCUGCUGUCCCCGAGGGGCAGUGACUACCUGAUGGCGCUGGGGAGCCAGAGGACACGGGCUCCCGACGGCUCUGUGGUGACGCAGCGCAUCCGCAUGGAGAUGCACAAGGUGGACGCAGUCUUCGUGGGCACCGGGGACCUCUUCGCUGCCAUGCUCUUGGCGUGGACACACAAGCACCCCAACAACCUCAAGAUAGCCUGUGAGAAGACCGUGUCAGCCAUGCACCACGUUCUGCAGCGGACCAUCAAGUGUGCAAAAGCCAAGUCUGGGGAAGGAGUGAAGCCCAGCCCCGCCCAGCUGGAGCUGAGGAUGGUGCAGAGCAAGAAGGACAUUGAGAGCCCCGAGAUCGUCGUCCAGGCCACGGUGCUGUGAGAGCCGCGUGAGCCCGCCUCCGUCACGCCCAGCGUUAGGUGUCUCCGUUUCCGCCCUUGUGAAAAAUGUAACGUCUGCCUUAGAGGUGUGACUGAAACUUGGUAUUUUUUUUCUUUUGUGAGUGUCCAGCAUUCACUGGUCCUAAUUGUGAAAAUGUGCCAGUCGUGCUUUUUAAAAAUAACAAAGUGA